CAAUCUUUUGCAGAAUGGGUGACGACGCGUUUGAUAUAUUAAACCUGCCAACAACAGCCGUUCGCCGAUUGUUGCGCUUUUUGAGGUAUCCGGAUCUACGCAAUCUAGCUAAGGCAAUACCGUUGUUCACGUCCUUGUGCGAAGAUGAAUAUCGCAAAGUCGACAGAGAAUUCCAAGCCCGCCGAGAUUUCAAAUGGACCCGGUUCGCCAGUAGCAAUGACGAGGACAGUAUGGCUCCCCGUGGAUUGCACAGCAUGGCUUAUCAUGAAAAGGAAUGUGCUAUGUAUGCAUUUGGUGGUGAAGCCCCAGAUUGGAGGUUACAAGGAGACGUUUGUGGUCCAGCUUCGUUCAAUGAUUUGUGGCGACUAGACAUGACUUCCUUAAAGUGGUCUCGCGUUGUUGUAAAAUCGUCUCCAUACCCCCUUCCAAAGUAUCUAUGCUCAAUGGUGGUUUAUAAGGAUGAAUUACUCAUUUAUGGUGGCUGCCGACCAUUACCUCGUUAUGGUAGCGCGAUGCAUUUGAACGAAAUGCAUAUUUUUAACACUGAAAAGAAGGCCUACAGAAUUUUAGUCACGACUAAUGAUGGCCCAAAUUUGGCUGGACAUGCUUCAUGCAUACAUGGUGACCUCUUCAUCGUACAUGGCGGUGUUGUAUCCACUUGCGAAGUGAGUUACCGAGUAUCUGUGCUGGAUUUGGUGACGAAGCGUUGGUUCCAUGCACCAUUACCUGGCUUUCCAACGGUCUUGCAUUACUUGGCUUCUUCGCCCAUACCCAGCUUUAUGGUGGGCUCUUCCUCGCUUGUGGUGUUACGCGAAGGAUGUUUGCUAGCAACUGGCGAAAACAUGCGAGAUGAUCUGCCAGGAAACACUUCCAUACUUUUCAUCUUCGAUCCCAAAGAUCCCGAGGGCGUUUUAUGGCAAUACAAGUUAGUACCUGGUAUUGGUCGAUGGUGGCCUCCUUCCGGCUUGUCACCGCCGCCUUCGAAUAAGAACUUUGGUGGAAUAGCGGUGAUGCGGUGUGAGCGACUAAUCCGAUUGAUUUCCCUCGGAAUGCCACAAAAAGGAAGCAAGGAUUCACGCUGCAACCUGACCUACGAUGGGGUCCAGAAGCGAAGCACUAACUUCAUCAACUUUUCUUUCACAGGCAUGUUCGUUGUAUCCUUGAAGCAGAGAUGUCGAGGCGAGAACAGGUCAGACGAUAUUGUCGCGAAAAUGAUCAUGGAGAAGCUGAGCGAAGUGCCAAGGCAAGUCAUUUUGUCCGAAAUCAUAGAAUAUGAUGGUAUCAAAUGUGUGCUAGAAAAAUGUUACCUGUCUACAUUGGAAGCCGAAAAUUGCAAAGGUGCAAGGCUUGCCACGAAGCCGCGUACAAUGGAUGGGGUAACGAUCACAGUGACUGUUAAUCCUCGUGCAGAUUCUCAGAAGACUAAUCCAUUGGAUGAAGUUGAUGUAGCUGAGCUGAAAUUACGAUUACGAACGACGAUUGCUCAACUUCAUAUGAAAUAUUACGCUACUCGACCAGACGUAUUACUUAGCCCAAAUCUACCUUCUAGAAAUAGCAGCUUUCGGAGAAUGGUAGCAUUUACUGCUGAUAUUCCUGUGGGAGACGAUUUUGACCCCACGCAGGAUCUGGAGAGAAUUGAGUGGAUACCACAAAGUGUGCAGUAUGGUGGUCCUCCGGAAACUAGAAAAUACUGUAUUGUCGCUGCCCGUGGCGAAAUUGUCAUACAUGGUGGAAGUGUACACUUUGGAGAUGGAAUGGGUAUGAUGGGCUAUACCUAUCUCAUGUCACCCGUGGCAACGCAACCGUCCACAGCUACCCCAACAAAUGGAGGCACUUGCAAUAGGUUUGACUUUAAUGUGCUGAGUGGAACUUUGAUGAUAUGCGGGAUUCCAGAGGAACUACGAGAAAAUCUGAAAUCGUUCCGAUUCUCAAAAAGCACUUCGAUGAAUGUUCUCAUUUUGAAGAUUGAUCGCGAAACUCAACAAAUGAUUCUUGAGGAAUCUAUGGAGGAUUGUUCUCUAGACGAUGUUCGUGAAGAGCUUCCACAUCAACAACCGCGAUUUCUUCUGAUAAGUUACUCUUUACGUCAUAGUGACGGACGAGUUUCGUAUCCACUAUGUUUGGUUUUCUACAGUCCUCCUGGAUGUUCACCAGAACUGCAGAUGAUGUAUGCUGGUAGCAGAAACAAUCUAGUGCAAGAAUGUGAACUAACCAAGAAUUUCGAAAUUCGCGAUUCAGAGGAACUAACGCAGGAGUAUUUGGAUUCCAAAGCGUACAACUGUCGUGUUGUUCAAAACCUUUUGACGACAUCGGUAGAAACAAUAAAAGCGGUUUUCAUUCGGCUGCAACUGGCCUUGCACUUCAAUAUGUUUGAUCUUAUCGGUAGCCCCUUACGAUCGAAGUACGCAAGAGCAACGCGAAGGUCUUGCGUGCGACUUCUAAUCGAUGACGUCCAUUUCAAUUCCCAGAUUGGAAAACAGGGUACGCAUUGA